GCUUCCACAGCCAACUUUGUUCAAGUCUCAGCUGUUUUCGUUCUUGUCAAAUUUGCUACAAAACUCGUGUUGUGCAAAAUUUACCAGUGCACUAAAUUUUAGAAGUUUGCUGCUUUUAUACGAUUUUAUUGCAGUUAACGUAAUACUCUAAUAUGGCAUUAUCACCUGGCGUUAAGGAACGUUUGGAAGUUGUCUACGAUGUUGCGAAGACCACAUUCCACUGGGGUUUCAUUCCGAUGGUGCUUUAUUUGGGAUUCCGCAAAGGCGCUGAACCCGGCAUGCCACCACUAUCACUACUAAGCCUACUUUGGCAAUAAAUCCAUUGACUGACGCAAGGCAUUAAACGGGAGGGUUUCAUAACUAUUGGAAGGAAAUAUGUUUCAAAUAAACUUACAUAUAUAAUUGUUGACUAAUUAAA